GACAGUUCACAGCUGUAGGGCCGUUCUCGCGAGAUCACGCGAGGCGAUAAGUUGAAGAAACAUGGCGACGUCUAAUUUGUUAAAGAACAAGGGGUCCCUACAGUUUGAGGACAAGUGGGACUUGAUGCGGCCCAUCGUUCUCAAGCUGCUCAGACAAGAGCCAGUCACAAAGCAGCAGUGGUUUGACUUGUUCUCAGAUGUCCAUGCAGUGUGUCUAUGGGACGACAAAGGACCUGCCAAGAUUCACCAGGCCCUUAAAGAAGACAUCCUAGACUUCAUCAAACAAGCCCAGGCUCGGGUGCUGAGUCACCAGGACGACACGGCGCUGCUGAAGGCCUACAUCGCCGAGUGGAGGAAGUUCUUCACACAGUGCGACAUCCUGCCCAAGCCCUUCUGCCAGCUGGAGAUCACCCUGAUGGGCAAGCAGGGCAGCAACAAGAAGACCAACGUGGAGGACAGCAUCGUACGCAAGCUGAUGCUGGACACGUGGAACGAGUCCAUCUUCUCCAACAUCAAGAGCCGCCUGCAGGACAGCGCCAUGAAGCUAGUCCACGCUGAGCGCCUGGGCGAGGCCUUCGACUCCCAGCUGGUCAUCGGAGUACGAGAGUCCUAUGUCAACCUGUGCUCCAACCCAGAGGACAAGCUGCAGAUUUACAGGGAUAACUUUGAGAAGGCCUACCUGGACUCUACAGAGAGAUUCUACAGAACCCAAGCCCCGUCCUACCUGCAGCAGAACGGCGUCCAGAACUACAUGAAAUAUGCAGAUACCAAACUGAGAGAGGAAGAGAAGCGAGCGCUGCGCUACCUGGAGACGCGGCGUGAAUGUAACUCUGUACAAGCACUUAUGGAGUGUUGUGUAAACGCACUGGUGACCUCGUUCAAAGAGACGAUCCUGGCAGAAUGUCCGGGGAUGAUCAAGCGCAACGAGACCGACAAGCUGCACCUGAUGUUUUCCCUCAUGGACAAGGUUCCUAGUGGAAUCGAGCCAAUGCUGAAAGACUUGGAAGAUCACAUCCUAAAUGCUGGGCUGGCAGACAUGGUGGCUGCUGCUGAGACUAUCACUACUGACUCUGAGAAGUAUGUGGAGCAGCUGUUGACUCUGUUCAACCGCUUCAGUAAACUAGUGAAGGAGGCGUUCCAGGACGACCCGCGCUUCCUCACCGCCAGAGACAAGGCGUACAAGACUGUGGUGAAUGAUGCAACGAUAUUUAAACUGGAGCUGCCUCUGAAACAGAAAGGUGUGGGCCUAAAAAGCCAGCCAGAGUCCAAGUGUCCAGAGCUGCUGGCCAACUACUGUGACAUGCUAUUGAGGAAGACCCCUUUGAGCAAGAAGCUCAGCUCUGAGGAGAUAGAGCUCAAACUCAAGGAAGUGCUGCUGGUAUUGAAGUAUGUGCAGAACAAGGAUGUGUUCAUGCGCUACCACAAGGCCCACCUGACCAGACGUCUUAUCCUAGACAUCUCAGCCGACAGCGAGAUAGAGGAGAACAUGGUGGAGUGGCUCAGGGAAGUGGGCAUGCCAGCGGACUACGUGAACAAGCUGGCUAGGAUGUUCCAGGACAUCAAGGUGUCCGAAGACCUCAACCAGGUCUUCAAAGAGAUGCACAAACACAACCGGCUGGCCCUGCCAGCCGACAGCGUGAACAUCAAGAUCCUGAACGCGGGGGCGUGGUCCCGGAGCAGCGAGAAGGUGUUUGUGUCGCUGCCCACCGAGCUCGAGGACCUGAUCCCGGAGGUGGAGGACUUCUACAAGAAGAACCACAGCGGCAGGAAGCUCCACUGGCACCACCUUAUGUCCAACGGCAUCAUCACCUUUAAGAACGAGGUGGGCCAGUACGACCUGGAGGUGACCACCUUCCAGCUCGCCGUGUUGUUCGCCUGGAACCAGCGGCCCAGGGAGCGAAUCAGCUUCGAGAACCUCAAGCUCGCCACCGAGCUGCCCGAUGCCGAGCUCCGACGCACCCUCUGGUCGCUGGUGGCGUUCCCCAAGCUGAAGAGACAGGUGCUGUCCUACGCGCCGUCCGUCAACUCGCCCAAAGACUUCACCGACAGCACUCUGUUCUACGUCAACCAGGACUUCUCCCUCAUCAAAAACUCUAAAGUCCAGAAGAGGGGGAAGAUCAAUCUGAUUGGCCGGCUGCAGUUGACCACGGAGCGAAUGAGAGAGGAGGAGAACGAGGGCAUAGUUCAACUCAGAAUACUCCGAACACAGGAGGCCAUCAUCCAGAUCAUGAAGAUGAGGAAGAGGCUGAGCAACGCCCAGCUGCAGACGGAGCUGGUGGAGAUCCUGAAGAACAUGUUCCUGCCCCAGAAGAAGAUGAUCAAGGAGCAGAUCGAGUGGCUCAUCGAGCACAAGUACAUCAAGCGGGACGAGACGGACAUCAACACCUUCAUGUACAUGGCCUAGACACGCCCCGAGGGAGGGAGAGAGAGAGAGAGAAAGGGAGAGAG